CCCUUGCAACCCUAACUAUUCUAUGAUCUUGUGUACAUGUAGGUUUGUAGAGAAUGCAGUAAUUGCAAACCUAGGCUAGGCUUGGGAGCUUCAUAUGCUUUUGUGACAUUAAGACUAAAUACUAAAGUCUGGUCCCUUCCAAGAGCUAAGCAAUAAUUUGUAAAUUAAACUCCUGCAGUUUAGGAAUGGUCUUGUAUGGUCUUAAAACUUCUAAAACAAAAAUAAACUUAAAAAUAAAAUGUUUUCUUUGAUUUUUAUCCUGAUGAGCUGCCAAAUCUGAAGCUAAAUGUUCUCUUUAUCUGUUGGGAAAAUGUGGAAAGGUGGAUCAGCAAGGAAAGCUUGAGUCCUUGUCUCAGGCCUCAUAUAGAAAGAUUGACUCGGGCAAUGCAUGUAGUUGAGUCCUUUGCUCUUUGAUGAGGAUACUAAAUGAAGUAGCUGUUGAUACCACUGGAUGAUCACUUGUAGGCUGGUCAUUUGUGUUGGGAACUGCAUCUCCUUUUAUAGAAGAAGAAUGAAAAAAUAAAGGCAGUAUUAAUAUAUCAAGUAAUCUGUAUUAACACUCUUCUUGCUGCUGUUUUUCAGGAUUGUAUGACUUGCAAAAUUACUUGUUUGGGGACCUGCAGUGGUGUUUGACUGGAUAUUGCUGUCUGGUUCUGAAUGAUGUCAGAACAGGAUUUGGCAGAUGUUGUUCAGAUUGCUGUUGAAGACCUGACUCCAGAUAACCCAGUUGUGUUGGAGAAUCCUGAAGUGACAGAUGAUGAUGUAGAGCCUGUUCUGAAACAUCAGCGUAUAGAAAUUAACUGCCAAGAUCCCUCUAUUAAGUCGUUCCUGUAUUCCAUUAAUCAGGCAAUAUGUCUGCGGUUGAAUAGCAUUGAGGCAAAGUUGCUGGCAUUGGAGGCGACCUGUAAAUCAUUGGAAGAGAAGCUUGAUCUUGUCAUGAACAAACAGCACAGCCCCAUCCAAGUCCCCAUGGUGGGAGGUUCGCCUCUUGGCGCUACGCAGACAUGCAAUAAAGUACGAUGUGUUGUCCCUCAGACAACAGUAAUACUGAACAAUGACCGGCAGAAUUCUGUUGUAGCCAAGAUGGUUGGGCAGGAAGAGCCACGAAGAAGAGCAGUGGAUUCUCUGGAAAAUAUUCUUAGCAAUACUGUUCCUGGACGUAGGCAGAACACCAUAGUGGUGAAAGUUCCUGGGUAUGAGGACAGUCACAAUGAAGAUGGAGAGAGUGGCUCUGAGGCCAGUGACUCAGUUUCCAACAGUGGACAAAUAGGAAGUCACGGUAUUGGGAACAACGUCACCCUUAUUACACUGAACUCUGAAGAGGAUUACCCCAAUGGGACAUGGCUUGGAGAUGAAAAUAACCCUGAGAUGCGGGUCCGUUGCCUCAUCACGCCGGCUGACAUGCUGCACAUCAGCACGAACUGCCGCACAGCUGAGAAGAUGGCACUGACAUUGCUUGAUUAUCUCUUCCAUCGGGAAAUUCAGGCCAUUUCCAACCUUUCAGGCCAGGGGAAGCAUGGGAAGAAGCAACUUGAUCCUCUCAUGAUUUAUGGAAUUCGCUGUCACCUAUUUUACAAAUUUGGAAUAACAGAAUCUGACUGGUACAGAAUCAAGCAAAGCAUAGAUUCUAAAUGCCGAACAGCUUGGAGGCGGAAACAACGAGGGCAGAGUCUUGCUGUGAAAAGCUUUUCAAGGCGAACACCAUCAUCAUCUUACAGUGGUUCAGAGGGUUCACGGAGUUCAAUUUCAGCUUCUAAUGAGAUUCAGCAGAACCAGCCCCAAGCACUACACUAUACGCUAGCCAACGCUCAGCAGGUUCAGAUCCACCAAAUAGGAGAAGAUGGGCAAGUCCAAGUAGUAAGAGAGGCAGUGCAGGAGAGAAGGAGCAAAUCUACCCAACUGAAUAACUGACACAUAAAGAAUGAAAGCUUUCUAUCAACAUAGGGAAUACUCAAGUCUGGUCAUGUAGACCUGCAAAUACCAUGGAAAUGGUGACAUUGCUCUGAAAGAUGAUGAAGAAAAAAGGGCUAUGAAGGACAGAUGCUUUUGGAAUGUUAGAAAAUAGACAUGUCUAUAAGACCUGCAGAAAGUUUACCAGAGUUAGUAGUAGAGGAAUCGUGGAAACUGGGGGAAGAUUUCAAGAUGUGCAGCACAGUGUUGAUAGCAAUUGGUAGAGCUUGUAAGCAUUGCUUAAAAGGAGAACUUAAACAUUACCCAGGAUAUUUUUUAAGGAGCGCAUGAAAGUGGAAAG